AUGAAGCAGUUCCCUGAGAGCGCACUCGUGUUCGCGCGCCUGAAUGCGAGUCUCCGCCAAAUCUAUCUCUUUUCGGGCCAAUUCGUUGGCGUAGAAGAGCGACACUCCGCUAGUGUUGGCCCCGGAGAACAGGUCACCACUGCUUUGGACACACAUUUCCCUGCCACGCCACGCUAUGCACUGGACUCGUCUCUCUGUCGGACAACUGAUCCAAAUCUGAUUCGCAUUCUUUUGGUUGUUGUGGGCAAAACGACCGCUAAUUCGGUUCUCUUUCGAUUACUGCCGUUAAACACAUCAAACUCUGAGACCACAUCUGUUUGUGUUUCCGUGUGUUUCACCUCUUUGUCCAUCACUGGAUCCGCUCUCUCGUCCGUCGCUUCCAACCACUCGUCCGUUUGUAUACCUCUUUGUCUGAAAGUCUUCUCACAUAUCGUCGACCAUUUGGACAAAUCGGUGGACAAUUGUUCGCACUUUUGUGUCAACUCGUGGAUCAGUUGCUUGUCUUUAACGCUCUGUGACUCGUAUUUGCCACAAAUGGCGGCCAUAUCUGAGACACUGGCCUCGAGUGACGACAACCUCUUCUGCUGUUCCUGCGGAACCGAUGGCCAGAAGAUUGUCUCUUUCGGAGCACACCUUCUUGUAGGCCAUCACCAGAUCCUUGAGUCGGACCUCAAUCAACGCCAUCUUCUUCUUCUGAUCGGCGAUCACUUCCGACUGUUUCGCACAAUUGAGACAAUCGUUUGCAGACAUCACUCAAAACGGGUCCAAAAAACAGAUCAAAACACAAAUCAACGCAAAAACACAACACAAAACAGACGACGCGAUGCGACGCAUGCGUCGAACGCGACAACCAAUCAGACGUCGAGUUCAAUCAUUGGAGGAAUCUCUGAAACGAAUCCAUCCAUCGAUCCAUUCGUUCAGAAGACUAUUAUCACUGCAUUUGAUCCACAAUUGGCUGACCAUUACAUCGCAGCCAACACUACAUCACAUCCGUUGCCAUCGGAGCAACAGUUGGACAACAGCGCCACCGAUGACGAGGAGGACUCAUUCUUCCAAGACAUCGAUCUCUUGCAAAACCACGGAAUCUCCAUUCGAGUGCUGCCACUCAAGACAUCACUUCUAUUGAUCCGUUCAUUUGAUCCGCAGAACAGCGCAGACAUUAAGAAACUGAAGACUUCAGGCAUUUGUACGAUAAAAGGUCUUCAGAUGACUGUCAAGAAGAAGUUGAUCCAAAUCAAGGGUUUGAGUGAAGCAAAGAUUGACAAAAUCCGCGAAACGGCGGCCAAACUGUCGACAGAACCGCUGUUUAUGACCGCCAAUCAGGUGUCGCACAAACGCCGACACGUCUUCAAAGUGUCGACCGGAUCUCUAGAACUCGAGUUCGUCAAACUGUUGGGCGGAGGGAUGGAGUCGAUGGCCAUCACUGAGGCGUUCGGCGAAUUCCGCUGCGGAAAGACUCAGAUCUCGCACACACUCUGCGUGACGGCUCAAAUACCAGCGGAUGGCUAUUCUGGUGGCAAAGCUAUGUUCAUCGAUACCGAACAGACAUUCCGUCCCAAUCGACUCAAACAAAUCGCGUCCCGUUUUGGUUUGGAUGAAGACUCGGCGCUCGACAAUGUGUUGUACGUUAGGGCCAACACUAGUGAACAUCAGUACGAGAUCUUAGACGCUGUUGCGGCCAAAUUCCACGAAGAUUGCGGUCAAUUCAAGGUUUUGAUUGUGGACUCAAUUAUGGCGUUAUUUAGAGUCGAUUACAGCGGAAGAGGAGAGCUCUCAGAGAGACAACAAAAAUUAGCUCAAAUGAUGUCUAAAUUACAGAAAAUCAGUGAAGAAUAUAAUGUCGCCGUUUUUAUCACCAAUCAAAUGACCGCCGAUCCGGGUGCGGCCAUGUCUUUCCAGGCGGACCCCAAGAAGCCGAUUGGUGGCCACAUUCUGGCGCACGCGUCCACUGUUCGCAUAUCUCUGCGAAAGGGUCGAAGUGAGUGUCGAAUCGCCAAAAUCUAUGAUUCGCCGGAUUUGCCCGAAAAUGAGGCCACUUUUGCCAUCACUGAAGGCGGUAUCGCCGACGCCAAGGAAUAAUUGCCCACUCAUUCACUCC